AUCAAAACGAAAGUAAUAUAUGAGAGUGUGAAUGGUGAAUUCUUGUCAACUAGUUUGAUAUAUCGGAGAAGUGUUUCGAACAAAAUAGUUUCAAAGGUCAGCAAGCAAAAUGGCCACAGCAAGCACAUGGGCCCAAGAAAUCAUCACUUGUGACAUUUGUAACAAAUCUGCCUAUCAAUUUUGUAAUAGCUGCCAGGUCAAACUCUGUGGAAACUGCAUCAAUAAACAUGUUGAUGCCUAUAAACUACUUCCGCAUGACAUUGUUCCUUUUACAAGCAGAAGUGUGAAGGUGGUUAGUCAACAAUGUGAUAUACACCUUGGCCAGAAAUGCGAAGCCUGCUGCCAACAAUGCGACGUCCUGGUCUGUAUGAAAUGCGUUAUACUUCACAUCAAGGCCACCGAAUAGGAGAAAUUCCUUCUGAUUACCAUGACAACAAGAAGAAAAUUAUUCUAGAAACAGAAGAACUUCAAAAACACUUGGAUUCAGAAAGACAGCAAAGUGAUGACCGCAGUAUUUCAGAUAAUAUUUCUAAAACUACAGAAAAGUUUGAAGAUCUUGAACGAAAAUUAGAAGAGCCCAGGAAACAAUGGCAUCAGGAAGUGGACAAGAUCUUUGAUAAUUACCAGGUUUCAGUUAGGUCUUUGAAGAACAAGGCUGUUAAAUCCAUUACAGAACACAAAUAUGCAUCUUGUAGCAAGUCCCAGAGAAUGCUCGAAACAAUAAAAGAAAAUAAAGCUAUCUUAAGGUCCAAAACAGUCUCUAAGGUUGUCAACUACGAAUCAAAACUUCAGGAAUACAAAUCUAACGGUAAAGCUGAAGACAUUGAUUUAAACAUUCCCUCCUUAAAAGUAAACACAAACCGAGGUAAAUAACUUAUCAUAGAAUUUGGCGAACUCAAAGCUUUAUUAACACAUAAGUCACUUUUUGAUCAGACCAAUGUCAACACAGAUUUGUCUCCGAUAGUUUCAUUUGGCAUGGUUAGAGUGGUUGCUGAUAUUCAAACUCCAUUGGGUGAUCUUAAUCUUGACGCAGUUUCUUGCAUGGGAUCUGAUGAAGCAUGGAUUGCUAGUACAAGCAAAAAAAUAUUUUGUUUUGAUGUUAAUGAAUGUGAAAAGAAAUCUGUCGCCAUCAAAGGGAAUGCAGUUGAUAUUUCAGUAAACCAACGGGGUGGACUAAUGUACAGUGACAGUAUCAAUUACAGAGUGAUGAUUGUCAGGUUAGGUUUGACGAAAGAGCUGAUAAAAGCACCUACAGGUUGGAUGCCACUGGGACUAUGCUGUACCAAUUUAGAUGAUAUCCUAGUCAACAUGGCUACAUAUGAUUACAACAAUCAUACAAUAGUACGUUAUGAGGGACAAAUAGUAAAACAGGAAAUAGAAAAAGAUUCUUAUGGCAAAGCCUUUUACCGGGAAGGAAAUUUUAUACUUUAUAUAGCAGAAAACAGAAAUGGGGAUAUUUGUGCCUCUGAUGGAAAUGCGAAGAAAGUGGUCGUCGUGAACGAGAAAGGAAAACUCAAAUUCCGGUACAAUGGUUCUCUUGCUAACAGGAAUAAAGAAUUUUGUCCAGAGCAAAUCACUACAGAUUCCAAGAGUCAGAUCAUUGUUACAGAUCAAAACAAUGAUUGCUUACACAUUGGAUCAGGAUGGACAUUUUUUACAUUGUGUAGAUAACUGUGGAUUAGACAGACCUGGGGGUUUGAGUGUAGACAGUAAGGGAAGGUUCUGGGUUGGUAUGAAUUCUGGGAAAUUGAAAGUGAUUUCUUUGAACAUGUAAAUAUGCAAGAAAGAUUGUUUGCCAAUGAACUAAUGAAUAUUUCUCAUUUAACAAUACGCCAUCGUCAAAAUAUUUUGUGAAUUAAUAGAAUGAAUGUUAAUUUAGAUCUUCCAAAUAACAUUUGCUUUAUCUAUUGACCGUUAAUGACACAGUAUUACAAUAUAUUGGACUGAUUUUUUCUACUUAGACUGAUGCUAUAUUUCAAAUGAUUGAGAUUGAUCGACUUGAAGAUGAAUAUUGAUGCAUGCAUGUUAACACACAAGCAGAAAACGUCACAGAUUUCGUUUUAUUGUACAGUUCUGUAGUAUCAGGACCUACAAGAAAUCAUAAAAUUAUACACUAAUCC